AUGGAUGGUAACGGGCGCUGGGCUUUGCAACGGCAGCUGCCCCGUCCCGAUGGCCACCGGCAGGGCGUGGUCAACAUACAGCGCGUGGUGAAGAUUCUGGCCCGACGCGGCGUUUCGGUAGUUACCCUCUUCGCCUUUUCCACGGAAAACUGGAACCGGCCCGCGCCGGAAGUGGACGCCCUGAUGACCAUUAUGGCCGAGGAGAUUGAGCCGCAAACCCAGCAACUCCACGAAGGCGGUGUGCGGCUGAUCCAUCUUGGCGACCCCGACCCGCUCAACCCCCUGUUGCGGCACGCAGUCGCUGAAGCCCAACAGCGCACCCUCGAAAACUCGGCCGUUACCCUCAACAUCGCCUUCAACUACGGCGGGCGCGAUGAGAUUCUGCGAGCCGUGCGGCGCAUCAUCGCCGAUGACCUGCCGCCCGAGCAGGUGGACGAAGCCCUGUUCAGCCGCUACCUGUACACCGACGGCUGUCCCGACCCCGACCUCAUCAUCCGCACCGGGGGCGAGCAGCGCAUCAGCAAUUUUCUGCUCUGGCAGGCUGCGUACAGCGAGUAUUACCACACGCCUGUGCUUUGGCCUGAUCUGGAUGAGGUUGAGUUGGGGUUGGCCCUCGAUGCCUACAGCCAGCGGCAGCGCCGUUUCGGUGCGCUGAACGCAUCAGACAACACCAGCCAGGAAUAG